AUGGAAUAUGCGCAGCUUCUGAAAAGUGAUGAUUGUGAUUCUCUCGACGAGUGCAAGCGCCUGAACGGUGCUGCUCUUGCGCUUAUGUUUACUGUUGCAAUGAGAUGCCUCCCAAGUCUGACUUAUCUCGACAAGGUCAGGCAGCUCAUGGUGGAUCUAGAAGAUGGGAAGGCUGAUGCUACUGUUGUGAAGCACGCCAUCUUCUUGUCUAUGGAAGACUGUACAAUCCCUAAAGCUUAUGGCGUUGAUGCUCCUAAUGUUGACGAUUUUGUUCAUCCAGAAACUUUGCGUUGGAUUGGGGAGUUGGAACGUGAACAUGGAUACCCCCAGCCUUCACAGUGA